GUUGUAAACAAACCAGAUUCCUCAUUAAAGGAGAGCAGUCAAUGGCGUCUAGACAGGGUCGUAAUAAUUCCCGAGUAUGAGUUGAUAUUUCGAGAGUGCUUAGGCUAGCUUGGUUCCCGCGGACGCUGGCGAGUGAGGGAAGAGAGAGAGAGAGAGAAGGAAGUGUUAUCUGCUAUCGAAGGCGGUUCGUAACGUGAAUAGUGAUUUUUCAGAUUGCAAACAUGUGGAAGCUGUUGAUCCUUCAAUCCUUAAUGAUAUACAGUGUGUGUGAGGCAUCGAGAGGAGACACUUCCAAUGAAUACACUGGUUGUUACCAUGUUUGCCAUUUCAAUACGUGUUCUUCAAGUCGAGGGCGGGCACAUUACGAGUCCACACAAAGCCUGAGUGAAAGAGUCCUGCAGUGGACGUGCGAUGACGAGUGCAAGUACAACUGCAUGUGGCACACUACGGAGAUAUUUGUAAGCAAGGGGCUAGAGAUCCCUCAGUUCUUCGGCAAGUGGCCAUUUGUGCGAGUAUGGGGCAUGCAAGAACCGGCUGCUGUGCUAUUCUCCAUCUUUAAUCUCUUUGCGCAUAUUAUCAGUCUUCAUAAAUUCCGCCAAGCUGUGCCCUCUAUCGCUCCACUGUAUAAGUUUUGGCAUGUCCACGCUUUGAUUUGCAUAAAUGCCUGGCUGUGGUCGGUUGUGUUCCAUGCCCGGGAUACUCCGUGGACAGAGCGAAUGGAUUACUUCUCGGCCUUUUCUAUGGUUCUCUUUUCUCUAUUCGGUCUCCUUGUGAGACUAUCGGGACCACACCACUGGAAGAGGAAGGAAAUACUAGGUCUAGUUUGCAUACUGUUCUUUACUUACCAUGUUUGGUACCUCACUCGAGGGAGAUUUGACUACGGGUACAACAUGAAGGUCAAUAUUCUUGUAGGUAUCUUGAACGGAUGCGGAUGGAUAGCUUGGGGUGUUCCUCGUUCCAACAGGCCUCACGUCAGAUGGUGCAUACUAACUGUUAUUGGUGCUGUGGCCUCGAUGCUGCUCGAGCUCGGAGAUUUCCCUCCUUUCUUCUGGGCUGUCGAUGCGCAUGCACUCUGGCACUUGGCAACAGCACCCCUCCCAUUCAUGUGGUACAAAUUCUUGGAAGGGGACUGCAAUUAUCUCCUGAGAGGGAAAGCAUUUGACUAUAGAAAGCAAAUUUAAUAUUCAGUUAUAGCUAAGUGUGUUGUUAUAACAAUUUACUAGGAGAAUUGAAUGACUUGAAAUGUUGAUAAUGUCCAGAAUUUUAGUUUUUCAGAAGAUUUGUACUUUUAUCAAAUUUUUUGUGUCUACAUUUCCUGUCAGUAUGUAGGGUAUUGUAGUUCUUUUCCAGUAUUUUGUGAUGCUAUGACAAACGUGUUCAAAAACGAAUUCCAUGGGUAUUUUUGUUGUGAAUUUUCUACUUAAUGACUUCAAAAACUGUACUUACAUAAGCAAAGAUAGACCUCAAGAAGAAAUUAUAUGAAAAUUGAUUGUUAUAUUAUUGUUUUGUUUUUUUGUUAUAGACGUAUCUAAAAAGAGUUUAUUAGUUGAUAUAAGUGAAUAUAUGUGUGUAUAUCUGUAUGUAUGUAUAGCUGUAUGUAUGUAUAACUGUAUGUGUAUAACUGUAUAUGUAUAAUUGUAUAUGUAUAUGUGUGUACAUUCGAGAAGAAAACAUACGGCUUUAGAUAAUGUUUUCUUUAACUUUUCAUGGUGAAUUGGGUAGGUGUAAGAAAACAUAAUAGAAAACCUGAUUUAACCAAAGCAGUAUUUUCAAGUAUCACCAGAUUUCCAAUCACAAUUCAGCAGUAUUUAUAGGCAGAUUGAUGAAUUAUAUAGAGAUUUUAUGCACUGGUUUAUGAAUACCUUGGAUAAGCAGUUUUACCUUAAAGGAAAAGUCUUUGUUAAUGGAUAAUAUUUACAUAAGCUAGAUAAGUAUCUAAUAGUAUAUUCAUCACAGAUUUCCACUUGCUAGAGUGUAUAUACACAGUGUAUGAUAAUCAUGAAUGUUGAAAGUAUAUUAAAAUGUUGUCUUUUACAUAGUAUAUAUUGUAGAUGUCAUGUUGUACCUUCCCUUGUAAAUGUUUGCUUGAUAUGUUACAAGUUUAUGUUUGUUAUAAUCUGUUUAUGAUUUUGUUAAUGUGAUAUGGGUAACCCCAAACAUUAUAUCCCAUACUUAUAUGUACAAAUGAUAGAUGUUGUAUUACUGCUAGCCAGUAGAAACAUUUCCUUUGUGUUGUCAUUUUCCUAUUAUUUGUUGUAUUGUUUGGGUUGUAUGACAUGGAUAUAUUACAGAGAUGUUGUAUUGUAUUUUGCAUAAGUUUGUUAAGCCUUUAAGAAUAAAAGCAAUUUAUGCAGUUCAA